CUCAGUGCUUGUGCUCCCCUACUCGUAGCUGCGCCCGCUUGCUACAUACCUAACCUACCUACUGCUACUACUUGUACUGCUGCUCCCCCCUGACGAUAUCUAACAGGCGGCACUUUACUACUACUGACACCCACCCCCCCCUUUAUCGGGCCAAUUCUCUCACCUCGCAGCUCUCACCUUUCGCCUCUCACCACUCACCAACCUUAAAAAAAAGUUGCCCUUGAAUUAGUGAUUCACUCUCUCAGCUGAGAAAACAAUAUAUCCCUUUGUUUGCCUACCCAACACAAUGUUUCCACAUUCCACCUCGCUGUCCGCCUUGUCGCGUGCACAGUCCAGAACCACAAUGACGUAGAUCUUUGGGGGCAGAUCUGCUUUUUCACCUGCACGCUUUCACCACCCGUACACUUCCUGCCUGCGCCUGACCAUCCUCACCCACGACAUCCACAUCCACACCCUCGGGACGCAACGCCUCAUAUCCCUCUCUUGUCCCUUCGACACUCUCUUGUCCCUUCGACACCCUUUGCUGCUGCUUGGGGGGUUUCCAACCUUGUCUUUUCUCUCCCCCUCUUCGUGUGGAGGGAUCUAAUAUUCUCGCCGUCGACUCCAUAGCAACAAGUCUCCUUGGCCACGGACCUUGAUGACCAUCCACCACAUCAAGUCGACCUCACCCGGUGCUUCAGGCCAAUUGGCCAACGUCACCAUGUCCGCCACUGCGACGGCUUCCCUCAAAUCUUCUUCGCAUUCUCACUCCCACUCACAGUCGCAUUCGCAUUCCAAAUCUCACUCUCACUCCCACUCCCACUCUCGCUCCUCCCGCCCCUCGACCACCCCACGUACGCAGCCUGCGGUCGCCUCGGUCGGACAAUCCAUGCCACCUCACCUGUCUCCCAAUACUGCUCGAUCCGCUCAACCACCCAAAGAUGUCAAGAGCCCGAGUCCCAGCUACUUUGGCUUUGUCGUGGGCAGCGAUGAUACCAUACCACCCGACUCCAACCCAGGCGCACAUGCUCGCCAAAAUUGGACCUACCCCAACUCGGCUGCUCCGAACAACGCCCCGACACCCCGUCAUAUCCCGCUCGAGGCAAACCCAGAGUUUGAAGCAUUUAGAAGACAGUCGGAACACAAUCACAGGUUUGCUUUGAACACGGCCUUCAGACCUUCCCAAUCUCGAAACAACUCGACGAGCACUGCUUCCCGCGUCGACUCUCCCGCCUCCCCUCACACGAAGCGGCCCUCGAUAGAUAGAAACCCCAAGUCAUCCAAUGGAGGGUCGACGCUACAGCAACAGGGUAGUCAGAUGGAAGAUAUAUCCUUCUUUGACAUUCCAAGACGACAAUCCCCGGGACCUAUCAAUUCCCAGCACACUGUUGCCGACCACCAACACGCCCGCCUCUCCUUACCUGAUAACAGUAUACGUACACCCCCUCUCAAGGCCGCCAUAACUUCCCAUCGCUCAGACACGUUACCCUCGUCGGGCGAAAAAGACGCUCCUCCUAUCGUUUCCCCGACCCAAAUAGCAGAGCUCGUCAAAACCCGACCAGACGAUGUUUUGGUGCUGGACCUAAGGGUAUAUCAGCAGUAUGCCACGGCGAGGAUAAGAGGAGCUUUAAAUCUAUGUAUCCCCACGACACUUCUGAAGCGACCCGCAUAUAACGUCCAAAGGCUCGCCGAGACGUUUUCAUCGGCACGAGACCAAGAGACCUUCGCGCGCUGGCCGAAAUGUGCCUAUAUAAUAGUGUAUGACGCCAAUUCUGCCUUGCCGAAAGAGGCUGUCACUCCGUUAAACGUGCUCAAGAAAUUCACAUCCGAAGGCUGGACGGGCACGGGGCUGGUGGUCAAGGGUGGGUUUCUGAAAUUCCAAAAGCUGGUUCCGGAACUGGUGGAUAGUGGUCCUGUGCAAUCGGGGAAUGGAGCAUCUUCACAACCACUGUCCAUUUCAGCUCCAGGAAAGGAUGCCCUGCCGGUGGCCGGAGGUUGUGCCAUGCCCUCGGAAAAGUCGGCCGCCAAUCCGUUCUUUGGGAACAUUCGUCAGAAUAUGGAUCUGUUGGACGGAGUUGGGCAGAUGCCCAUCAAAAAGCCUACCGACAUGAGCUCGGACACGGAACGACAUAUGCCCGCGUGGUUGAAGAGAGCCGCUUCAAAGUCGGACGAAGGAAAGCUGGUGUCGGACCGGUUCCUCAAUAUUGAGAAAUCGGAACAGAAACGCAUGCAGGAAGCUCUCACGGCCAAGGUGUCGUAUGGAACGCCGCGCACAGAACAGCCACAGAGGAUCCAAGUUGCCGGGAUCGAAAAGGGCUCCAAGAACCGAUACAACAAUAUCUUUCCCUUUGACCACACGAGAGUUCGAUUGCAAAAUGUUCCGAGCGGUAGCUGCGAUUAUGUCAAUGCCAGCCACGUCAAAGCGGAGUUUUCGAAUCGACGAUAUAUCGCCACCCAAGCACCGAUUCCUGCAACGUUCAAUGAUUUCUGGCGUGUCGUUUGGGAGCAGGAUGUCCGUGUAAUUGUUAUGCUGACAGCCGAAGCGGAAGGGGGACAGGUCAAGAGUCAUGUCUACUGGAAAGCUGGCGAGUAUGGCCCUCUGAAGCUCAAGCAGCUCUCUGAACGCCAAGUGAGCUUGGAAACGAAGAAGUUUGCCAACAAACUUGCACCGACAGCCAGACCAUCCAUGGCGCCCAGAAGAUCAACCACGGCCAACAUUCCAGGGGAACGAGGUCGAGACGAGGUGAAAUCGCCGACUGCUAAAAUCCCUACCGCGAUGGUUCGCCACUUCUCCUUGAGUCACUCGGCAUUCCCUUUCCAGCCGAUGCGCGAGAUCACUCAGAUUCAUUACGCGGACUGGCCAGACUUUGGAGCUCCGGCAAGCCCCCUCGAGCUGCUUGGACUUGUGGAACAGGUCAACAAGUACGUCCGAGGAUCAGGGACUCCGUCCAACGUCAUGGGACCAGACGACGCAGCGCCUGAAGGACAACGGCCAAUCCUGGUACAUUGCAGCGCAGGCUGUGGGCGAACGGGUACAUUCUGCACGAUUGAUUCUGUCAUCGACAUGUUAAAGAGGCAGCGGCUUUCUCAUGAAGCCGGGGAGGAUAAAAUGGAUGUUGACAACGGGGAUUGGGUGAAUCGGGAUGAUGUUGAUCUGGUGGCCAAGACAGUGGAUGACUUCCGACAUCAGCGACUGAGCAUGGUACAGAAUUUACGGCAAUUUGUUUUGUGUUACGAGAGCAUAUUACAGUGGCUUGUGGUGCAGGAUUCGGAGCAUCAGAAACGACCGGGACUACCAGACCCAAGACGGAGUUAUCACGGUUGAGACUUUUUGAUAAAAAUAAACAAAAGCCAGGGGGGCAAUGAUGAUUGAACGCCGAGCAUGGAAUGAGGUGCAUAUUUCCCGUUGUUGGCAGCCGGGAGGUUUUGGCUAAAGGAUCUCCAAGCCAGCCGUGCAUGGCUUUGGGAUGCUUCGCAUGGCAUUUGACGUUGCUUUUGGGUUCAUUCAAGGGCUUGCAUAGCGAAGAAGGUGCGCGAGCAUAUUAUAUAUACUGCAUAUCCGUUUUUGGAUAUCAUGAUUCUGCGACGAAUCGACUCAACAAUGACAUUGGGCAGGACCAAAGAAUCUCGUCUGCGUCUACCGGGUCUUGAUCGUGGCUAAUCCCCUUCAUGAGGUAUCAUCGACUUCUUCCCUUUGCUGAGCUGAGCAUGAGAGCAUAUCGACUGGCAAAAAGGAGGAUUUGGUCCAGAGAAGGCGGCUGUGGUCGGAUGCAACUUGUCCUUCCAGUUUGUGGCCACUGCCGAAAUCGCCCACAUUCCCUUGGGAUCGUGGGAAGGAUUCGCGAG